AUGCCAGCAAAAAGAAUUGCAGUGAUUGGGGCUGGGGUCAGUGGACUAGGGGCCAUUAAAGUGUGUUUGGAAGAAGGACUGGAACCCACUUGCUUUGAAGGAAGUCAUGACAUUGGAGGACUCUGGAGAUAUGAAGAAAACUAUGAACCUGGAAGGCCCUACAGUGUCUACAGAUCAGCAACCUGCAACACUUCCAAGGAGAUGACAGCCUAUAGUGAUUAUCCUUUUCCUGAUCACUUUCCCAAUUACUUGCAUAAUUCCAAAAUGAUGACGUAUCUCCAGAUGUAUGUCAAGCACUUUGAUCUUCUAAAAUACAUCCAUUUCCUAUCAAAGGUAUGCAGUGUGAGGAAGCGCUCUGAUUUCUCUUCCACUGGCCAAUGGGAUGUUGUAGUAGAUGCCAAUGGGAAGCAGGAAUCCUAUGUCUUUGAUGCUAUCAUGGUUUGCACUGGUUAUUAUAAUGAUCCCUAUUUUCCAUUAGAGAACUUUCCAGGCAUCACAAGUUUCAAAGGCCUUUAUUUUCACAGCUGGGAGUAUAAAAGUCCUGAGAAGUUUUUAGGAAAGAAAAUCCUUGUGGUUGGCAUUGGAAAUUCAGGAGCAGAUGUGGCAAGCGAGCUCAGUCAUGUGGCUAAACAGGUUUUCCUCAGUACAAGGAGAGGUGCAUGGAUAUGGAACCGUGUUUGGGAUAAUGGAAAACCCAUGGAUACAGUUCUCUUCACUCGUUUUCACAGCUUCAUCAAUAGAAUGCUGACAACUUCCAUAAUCAACAAGUGGGCAGAAAACAAAUUGAAUGCAAGAUUUGACCAUGAUGUUUAUGGUCUACAGCCUGAACAUAGGUUUCUGAGCCAUCAAGCUACUGUGGGUGAUGAACUUCCCCAUCACAUCAUUUCUGGAAGGCUACAAAUAAAACCAAAUGUGAAAGAAUUCACUGAAAAUGCUGUCAUCUUUGAAGAUGGUUCUCAAGAACAUAUUGAUGUUGUUAUCUUUGCCACAGGAUAUAUUUUCAAUUUCCAUUUCUUAGAAGACAGCUCAUUAAUUCUUGACAGCCAAUGUUCCAUGUUUAAAUUUGUAUUUCCUCCUCAACUUGAGAAGCCAACUUUAGCUUUCAUUGGCAUUAUCCAACCAAUGGGAGCUACCAUUCCUGUAUCAGAACUCCAGAGUCGGUGGGCCACACGUGUGUUCAAGGGGCUGAACAAAUUACCUUCAACAAGUGACAUGAUGACUGAAAUCAAAAAGACACGAGACAAAAUGGAAAAUAAGUUUCUGAAAAGCUCACGUGAUGCUCGUCGAGUGCCUUUUGUUGAUUAUAUGGAUCAAAUAGCCUCUGAAAUAAAAGUGAAACCCAACCUCCUGUCACUUUUUCUCUGGGAUCCCAAACUGGCCUUUGAAGUUUUCUUUGGUCCUUGUACUGCAUACCAGUACCGACUGCAAGGACCUGGGAAAUGGAAUGGUGCUAGGAGAGCCAUCCUGACACAAAGAGAGCGCAUCAUCAAACCCUUGAGAACCCGAGUGCUCAGCAUGAGCCACCCUCCAUUCUAUAGGUCUUUCUGGCAUAUUGGUAUCUGUAUUGGUAUUCUCUUUUUCCUUAUUUUUAUAAUUAAGGUAUAAUUGUUUUAUCAUCUAAAUCAGGGGUUCUUAAAAUUUUUUGUGUCAUUGUCCUUUCUGACAAUCUGGUGAAGCCUAUAAACUCUGGGGAUGGUUAAUAAAUAAUUAGGAUUGCAAAGGAAAUAAAUUAUAUUGAAAUUUUAGUUUUAAAAAAUUUUAAUUCAUGGAUUUGAGGUUACAAUCUCAUGGGGGAAUAAAUGAAAUGAUUUUAUGAGGCCUCAUCAUUGAUCCUACCUUUAAAUAAAAAAUGAAAUUUGG